UGAUUCAAAUAUAAACAGGAUCAUAUGAGCGAACCAGACCGGAUAGUCGCACAGUCCCAAAAGCCUGGAACCACUCCUUCAAAAUCACUGUUACUACAGCCAUCACUUAAGCGCCAGGGAGGUAAAUUAUGACAUGCAGCGCACCAUACCACACAUGAUACGCUGAUAGGAUAGUAGUAUUAGUAACCUUACAGGCUAAGAUCUUCACAAGUGUCAUUUCCACAGCUACGGGAUCUCGUGUUCUCGCAUAAAAUUAUUCCAAUAGGCAAUAUUUACGUAUCGUGUGAAGCGAGAGGCUACGCACGUGCCGAAUGUUGGGGAUCCGAAGCCAAAUGUCCGUACUGAGAGGGGUUUAGUGAUAUUUGCUUUUGGGGCAUUUCAUGGUCUACUUAAAGUGAUGAUCUUCAUACAUCGCAUGAGAAUAGGAAAACUCUUGAAUGAGACUCGGGUUUUCUUUCAUCCUGAUUAUAUAUAUACUGUUUCCCACGCUCGUUUUUCGACGCUCCUGAAAGUCCUUAAAGAGAGCACGAGAAGUUCUGAUUUUAUUGAGAUGGCGUUCCUCUUCAGCCCAUCGAUCUUGGGCCUUGCUGCGGUUGCAGGGCUCGUGAUCUACCUACUCUUCUUCUCAAAACCAAAACUUCCUCCUGGAACGAAGAAACUUCCUGGACCAAAAGGAAUACCACUUCUCGGCUCAGUGCCUGACCUACCAGCAAAACACUCAUGGCUUCAAUUCUAUGCGUGGACCAAACAGUACGGUCCAAUAUGUCAGGUCAAGCUUGGCGCAGAUACAUGUGUUUUAGUUGCAGAUCCGAAGAUUGUAGAGGAUCUGCUUGUUAAACGCGCGGCGAAGUAUUCGGGUAGAGUGCACUUUUCUGCUAUUUGGGGGGACUGUGCAACGGACGGACAUUAUUUGCCUCUGAUGACAAGUUGUCGUAUGUGCUGAAAUCCUGAGGAACAUUUGCCAGGAAAAUCAUUGCCAGCAUGCCCAAAGCCCGUCUCAGCGAAGUAGCCACCGAGCAGACCAAAACCCUGAUCCUCAAACUCCUCCAGGAACCAGAAAAUUUCGGUACAUCGCUAGAGAGGUGUUGCGGAGGAAUCUCCUCAGCUAUGGCAUGGGAGACGACAAGUCCCGAGAUCGCAAAAGGCGUAUGCGCAACAUCACUCGGCCUCCUCGAAGUCAUCUCCCCCGAAGCAAUCCAGAACAAGCUCCCCUUCCUCGAACAAAUUCCUCUCUGGGUGCCCAAUUUCCUCCAGCCCUGGCGAGCAAAGGAGAUCGCCCGCGCGACAUUCGAGCGGGAUUUCUGGCUAGGUCAGCGAGCAAAGACGAAAGCCCGCAUUGAGAGCGAGAAAGACGCGCAGGAGUACUCGUGGACGCGGGAGUCGCUGAAGGAUGCGUCGCUGCAGGAUGAGGAGAAGGCGUACUGCGUGGGCAUGAUGACGCUUAUUGCCAGCGUGCUUGAGUCGUCGCCGAUUCAGGGCUGGGUCGUGGCUAUGGCCAUGUAUCCCGAGUGGCAGAAACGCGCGCAGGAGGAGGUGGAUGCGGUUUGUGGGGAGAGGAUGCCCUCGUCGGAGGAUAUUCAGAGGUUCCCUGUUGUCAGGGCUCUGAUUCGUGAGGUAUUCCGUUGGAGAAGUCCUGUGCCUUUUGGGGUGCCGCAUAUGCUCACGGAAGACGAUGUGUAUGAGGGAUAUCACAUUGCCAAGGGAAGUGUGGUAUUUGCUCUUGAGUGUGCGAUGUCACGGGAUGAAGCAUUGUAUCCGGACCCAGAGAACUACCGACCAGAGCGCUGGCUCGACCCAGCAUUCCCCACGUACAAAGAACCACUGACUCAUUAUCCGUCCCUUAAAAACCACUCAGCCUUUGGAUGGGGAAGACGGCAAUGUCUUGGAUUGGACUACACGGAGAUAGUACACGUGACUAUUGUUGCUUCGAUUCUGUGGAGCUGCAACAUCCAAAAGAAGAUUGAUCCAAAGACUGGACAGGAGAUUGAAUUGCCAUGGAUGGAUUACUCUCCUUUCGUGAUUGUAAGGCCGAUGCCAACUCAGUUGGAUAUUUUGCCGAGAUCUCAGGAGAGGAUCAGGUUGUUGUCUUCUGGCACUUUUGGUUAGAAGGAAAACGUAUCUUGUUUCACCACAAUGAAAUAGAAAUAGCUGAAUGAAUUAUAUACUAAAUCUGAGCUUUAAUUUCCGGCGGGAUUAAGUGGUCGCGGUUUGACGAGGAGCUUGCCUCGUAUCUCACCGAAACCAAUGAUACAAUUCGGAUCCCACCGGAGCCGGCCAGACGCAAGACCCUGCACUGGAAAUCGAUCAUCAUGUAAUCUAUAAGUUUAUAGGUAUUGGACGCGGGGUAAAUAACCCACUUUGAUGUCGCUCUUGUCCUUCUGUUUGUCCGUCAAAACUCGUUUCGCUUAUCUUAUCGUUUAUUAGCAAAGUCCCGAGUAGGCGGUUUUCGACGUCAGGGGACAGG